GGCUCACAGAUGCGAGUGCGCUGCGAUAGAAGAAAAAAACAGGGUCGAAACGACAACCGAAGGGAGGACUGUGUAGUGUAAUCAUGUGUCAAGAAUCACGUGCUGCUGCUGCUGCUGCUACUGCUGCUGCUACGCGGCGAGCGCCGUCGCCGAGGCGGGCCUCGGCGGAGAGCGCGAUUAUGCGGCCUUUUCCGCGACCCGCACAAAGAAGAGGCGCCCUCCGUCAGCCUCGACCUGCCACCGGCUCGCGUCGACCGACCCGGCCGCGUGCCACACCUCCACAGCCCAGUGCGCCAGCCCGCAGAAGUUGCCCUCCUCGAUGCCCCAUCCCGUGGGCCACGCGGCCAAGGCGGUGCCGAGAGGCGGCGGCGGCGCCGCGGUCGCCUCGAGACGCGCCGCGACGGCGUCAAAGGCGAUCCGCCUCGCGCCCGUCGCGGCCGCCUCGGCCAGCAGCGCCUCCCCGGCCAGCCGCGGGAGGUCGCCCUCCGUCUCGAACCAGCACGACGAGCGGCCGUCGGCGCACGCCUCGUCCCACGCCUUGAGCUGGCGGACAAAGGCCGCCAAGCUCUUGAGGCCGGGCGAGGGCGCGGCGGGCGACGGGGCAAGGGAGCAGCCGGGCGAGGAGAGGUAGGAGGUGCUCGCCGGCGAGCGCUCCCGCGCCUGCGAAGGGGCAAGGCCUGAGGGCGGGCGGGCGGGCGGGCGGGCGGGCGCGGGUGGGGGGGAUACACGCUGCGCCGCCAAAGGAACCAGCGACACUGGCCGCGGCUCGUCGCCACGCGCCGGCUCGGAAGAGGGGCUGUCGGCGGCUCGAGCGGCGAGGCGUGCCACUCUGCUUCGCCGCCGACAGCCCCUCUUCCGAGCCGGCGCGUGGCGACGAGCCGCGGCCAGUGUCGCUGCGGAAUCUUGCCAGAAUGUGGCCGCAGGAAGAGCCUCCGGCGGGCCUCCGGCGGACGCCUGGCGGCGUGGCGCUGCGCGCCGGCCUGCGGCCCAAAGCCCGAACGAGCGGUCAAGUUAACUUGACGCGC